AUGUUAUCUUUUCUUUCUUUCUUUCUUUCUUUCUUUCUCGUUCUAACGAGCGGCGUGCAAACAAAAUUUAAAUCGUCGGUCAGUUUUUGCUAUCUGUGUGUCUAUCUAUCUAUCUAUCUAGCUAUUCUCAGUCUAUUCAUAUCUAUCUAUCUAUCUAUCUAUCUAUCUAUCUAUCUAUCUAUCUAUCUCAGUCUAUUCAUAUAUAUCUAUCUAUAUAUAUAUCUAAGUUUAUUCAUAUCUAUCUAUCUAUCUAUCUAUCUAUCUAUGUUUAUUCAUAUCUAUCUAUCUAUCUAUCUAUCUAUCUCAGUCUAUUCAUAUCUCUCUAUCUCUCUAAGUCUAUUCAUAUCUAUCUAUCUAUCUAUCUAUCUAUCUAUCUAUCUAAGUUUAUUCAUAUCUAUCUAUCUAUCUAUCUAUUUAUCUCAGUCUAUUCAUAUCUAUCUAUCUAUAUAUAUAUCUAAGUUUAUUCAUAUCUAUCUCUCUAUCUAUCUAUCUAUCUAUCUAUGUUUAUUCAUAUCUAUCUAUCUAUCUAUCUAUCUAUCUAUCUCAGUCUAUUCAUAUCUAUCUAUCUAUCCAAGUAAUAUAUUUUCAGUGUAA